AUGAAUGUUCUGAAGACUUUAUAUUGGUGUGCUGGUAAAGAUGGGAAUAAACCAUAUGAUUCGCCUGUUGAACUCCAACACGGUAGUGGUGUUCCUGAUCUGUCUAUCGUGACUACUGAAGCAGACUACUGUGCUCUUAAGUGUGAUUUGGUUGAUUUGCUGUUGACAUUACUUGUUGAUGAAUUUGAUCCUACAAACAGAAAGCUGUUGGGUGUACUGAUUGACAAAUGCGUUGAGAAGGAUCCUGAAUUCAUACUCAAGAUCGCUCUUCAUUUUCAUAAACUGUUGAAUAUUCGAAAGACAGCCAAUUUGUUAAUUUCGAUAGCUUGCUUUUAUGCUCAGUGCCGCGUUUUCAUAAAGAAGUAUUUUAAUGCAUGCAUUUGUACACCCUUCGAUUGGAUAGAAGUUGCAGAGUGCUAUGCAUCGUUGAGCGGUGAUCCGAGACUUAGAGGAAUGCCAAAAGCACUAAGAAAGUGUAUGGUCUCAAAGUUUUGUGAAUUUGAUCAGAAUCAGUUAGCUCAAUGCAAGCGAAGGCUGAGUAGUGCCUGUUCUUAUCGGUGCAAGGUCAGUGGACGAGGUGCAGGUGAUGCCGCAGUGGAUGCCGUAACAGACACUCUACAAUCAAGGCUAGUGGAUCCUUCUCCGAUUCAUUUUACAUUGAAAGAACUCGUUCGUAAGUUGCACAUAUCGAAGCCUGCAUUAAACGUCAUGUGUAUUCUUGGAAAAUUGUAUCCCAAUGAUGUCACUGCCUUUUCAAAAACGGGGUUAGAAGGGGAUUGGGAUGCUAGUAAAGCUGGUGUAUGCAUGAAACUCCCCGUUCACCCUAAAUGGAAAGUAGAGUUAGCUUCUGGCAAAAGUCGUGAUGCUUGGACAAAGAUUAUAAUGUCUGGUGAUCUUUGUCAUGAAUUAAUUCUGAGAAAUCUAAAAAGUAUCCUAUGCUCACGCAUUUCUCAAACUGGACAUGAUAUUGUUUUACAGAGAUUGUCAGAUGCGGAAUUGGUCAUUGAAGGAAAACAGUUACCAUUUGUUUACCUUACAGCGUAUAUCACCGUUGAGAAACUUCAUGAUAUGCUGUCUAUGACUGCAAAUCGUAAACGUUUAAAAGACAUGCGUUUACAAGAAAGCAACAAAAUUCGAUCGAAGUACCUAUAUAGAUCCAGGAGGUCUAGAGUAAGAUCUUUGAACAUUAAUAAGGGGCUAUUGAACAAAUACCUAUUGGCUUUAACUAAAGCUAUGAGCUUGUCAACUCGUUACAAUUUGUCUCCUAUACGUUGUUCAGUUUUGGUUAUUUGUUCUUUAUGCUCAGGAUUUGAGCUUCAAAAAAUUAGGAGAUCUACUAGAGUGAAAGCUAUCAUAAAUGUGCUAAGCUUUAUUUAUGGUGCAAUAUGCAAUGCAAUAUGUGAGAAUGCAGUCGUUUAUUUUGUAGUGGAUAACGACUACAAUGUCGUUUCCAUAAAUAGAAUGCUAUUACUAUUAUAUAGUUCACUGUGGCACACAGAGGAGAAUAAAAAGGACACAUCAUUGUUUCGAUCACCCAACCCACCAUUAAUGGAUAAAAUAAAACUGAUUUACAAAAAUCGUAAAUUGUGGGAAAGUUACUCCUUAUCAUUAACACUGGAUAGGUUUAGUGCAUUUCGCAGAAAGUUUGAUAAGGUCAUUGUAUUUGGAGAUUGCCCUGAUAGUAUUGCAAACUAUGUUGUGAAUUACCGAGCAAACAUUGGUCCUAUCAAGGCUAUUUGGAACAAUCUUAGUGGGAACGAUAAAUGGUGCACUUCAUUCCCAAUGACGGGAUGGAUUGAAUCGAAAGGAUUAGUAGAUAAUAUUUUCAAAUAUUUAUCGUUACCGGAUGACAAAUGUUUAGUAGAACAAAUCGAUAAAAUUGAUGAAACUUACAAACUGAAUUCCAUGUUUGACCUCCCUCUUCAAAUGAACCUAUCAAGUGAACAACAAGGUCACAAUAAACUUUCUCAAAUAAAAUCAUCUCAAGACAGUUUCUGCCGCGUGUAUAUAUCAUCAUCUUACAUUGACAUGCAUGCGGAACAUGAUCUGAUUUACCAUACUUUAGUGCCAAAUUUGUGUCAAAAUGUUGCACAAACGUGCAGUACUUGCCUUGAUCUAGUUGAUCUACGUAUUGGUGUUCCUGAAUCAAUCACCUGUAGUCUCAUAGCUUUGGAAAUGUAUUUGAAACAAGCAGCAGCCUCUGAUAUAUUUAUCCUGUUAUUGGGUGAUAAAUAUGGUUGGGUUCCCGAUGAAUCGUUAGUUAGAGCAUUGCCUGAUUCACUUCUAGCUGAAGUCAAUAAAUUUUACAAGCCUGGAAUGUCUGUCACAGAAAUGGAAUAUCAUAUGGUGAAACUAGCUGCCGUAAAUAAAUUGUCCAGAUCAAGUUUCAACACGUUUUCUUCUACAGUGUUCGUAUUCAUUCGAGAUUUUAAUACAAGUGACAUACCGAAUGAAUAUGGACAAAUAUUUCGUGAUCACGAUCCAGUCAAUCUUCAACACCUCGAUGCGUUCAAACAACUCUUACUGAAUGAUGGAGUUUCUAUCCUCAGUUAUUCUGCUCGAUUCAUUGGUGUAAUUGAUGACCGUCCGAUGAUGGGAAAUCUAGAUAACUUUGCAAAUCAAUUUAUAUCAACACUAGAAUCAACGCUUAAGAGAUUAUAUUACAGCCCUGUAAAUGACGCUAUUAAAUCGCCAAUGGUUACGUCGUCUGAUGAUAAUGAUGAACUGAUAGAUAUUUCAGAAUUUUUCGCAACUUAUGUAAAUCCAAUAGCUUGUAAUAUAUCACCACGACAUUUGUUAAAUAUACAACAUGCCUUUAAAAAAAUGGUUGGAAAAUGUGUUCCGACGUAUUUCACUGGCCAACAUAGAAAAUCUGAUGAAUCUUCAAAUACAACUUCUAAGAACGUGAGAAUUGAAGAUAGAACCUCAAAUGAUCAAAACGAAAAUGGAGGGAUUUUAGUCAUUACUGGAAGUCCUGGAAGUGGAAAAACUGUUCAUCUGGCUGCAUUAGCAAUGUCGUUGGCUACAAGUGAUCAUCAGUCUACUUUGAUGAGCUCGAAAGAUUAUACUCGAUCAACAAGUAUCACACGGAAAUCAAUGUCAAACAGUCAAUCAUUGGCAAAGUAUCAAAUUUUAAUUCAUUUUACCAAUGGUAUACCGAGUACAGGUUUACCAUCAUGUAAACAAUUGUCUAAAGUGCUUGAUCAUUGGAUCAAAUGUCUAGCUGCCCAAUUACAGAGUUUAUUCAGUUCAUCAAAUAUUCUUAAAAUGUUUCUUACGAAGAUCAAAGUUAAUUUGGAUAGCACAAAUACAGCAAACGAUCACCAUAAUCUGAAAUUGAAAAUGCUUUGUUUUAAUAAAAUGAUAUGGUUUUUGGGUUGCAUACCUGGAUUGAAUUAUGCUUUUCUAAUUGACGAUGUAGACUAUCUUGAUCCGUUGAUAUUAGACGACUGGCUACCAUCGGUCUUACCAAAAAAUGUUCAGUUUAUUUUCACAUGUCAUUCUAAUUCGGAAAUCAUACAAAAAUUAACAUGUCAAUAUAACAAAAACACUUGUUCAGUGUAUCAGAUACCUCAGUUGACUUCCGAAGAAUCUCGUGCUGUUAUAUUAUCUCAUUUACGUAGUAAUGGAGUAUCUUGUGUUAAUUCUCAAUCGGAAUAUGAGAUCGCUUUACUAAUUUCAGCUUGUGAGUCAAAUAAUCCAUCGUAUUUCAAUAUGGUUUGUAAAUAUCUACAAUUAUGUGGAAGUCAUGAUGAGGUGAAAUCUCAUCUGAAAAUGUUAUCUGGCACAAUUGAUCAGUUAAUAGAUGAGAUCAUUAAAAAUCUUGAAGUUGAAUAUAAAAAUGACUUGAUUACUGCAACACUGGGUUUUUUAAUCUUCUGUCGUCACUCAUUGUCAAGUAAAGAACUUUUAAUUCUACUCAAUGAAUGGCUUUUUACUACACAAAAUAUCAAUGAACAAUAUGAAAUGAAUUGGGAGAAUAAUCCAUGGAAAAUGCUCUCUGUCAUACAGGAUAAACCGAAUGAUUUAGAAUCUAUAUGUACACUUGAAAGUAACAUUGACAGAUUUAUUCUGUCAAAAUGUACAAACAAUUUGUGUGCUUUAGACAAAUCAAAACGAUUACAUUUAACUCCACUUGCAUUUCAUAUUCUUCUCAGUAGAUUACGUCCGUUAAUGAUUAUUUUCAAUAAAUCAUUGCACUGUUUCAAUAGCACAUCCAAUGGUAGUAAUAAUAAUAAUAGUAAUGUUAUUUCAACUGAAAAGAUGACAUUGGAUGGGAAAAUUGAAUUAUGGAAUUUAGGUGCAGAGAAUUUAUCAUUUCUAAGUCACUCGAUUGAAGAAGUAGUAUUCAAUAAAUUUUUUGAAAAUCAUGGAAAUUAUAUGUACUCAGAGUAUACUUUUAAUGCUACUAUUCACAAAAUAUUGGCUGUUGUUUUGUCAGAUUUGGAUGAUAAACUAUAUCAUUUUUUGUAUGCUGAUGAAUUGGAUAUUAUUUGUCAUUUGCUCACAAGUCCCAUGUUUAUUUGCAGAAUCUUAAGUGAAUAUCCGUCAACAUUGAUGAGAUUUCUCAAUGGAUAUCCUACGACUGAUCGAUGUAUACAAGAAAAGUGGAAAAGGAAACUGGAAUUAUGUCCUUUUAUUGACAAAAUUGAUGCGAUGAAAAGGUUUAUUUGUUUAAACUAUGAAUUUUUAGUAAAAUAUCCAAAUUCGUUUUGUGAAUUAGCUAUCAACCAAGAUUCCAGUGAAUGGAUCCAUACGUUAGGCCUCUCAUUGUUAUAUCUUAAUGAUUUUGGUAUACAAAGGCAAUUAGACAUGAACAAUAGUCAAAUACUCUUCCGUGUAAAUUCACCAAAAUGCACAUUGAUUAAACCUAUGCAGAGGAAUAUGACAUAUAAACCAAUUGUGACUUCAAAUGGUUCCAUGGAUGUGCCAACGUCUGUGGAAGUGAAUUCAACUGCUAAAGUAUUGGUGUAUGGAACUAGGUGUGGUACGAUUACUUUCGUAGAAUUGUCCACUAUGCGUGAACUGUGGUCAUUAACUGGACACCGUUCAAGCGUUCAAAGUUUAUGUUUCCUUGACGGAUUCCCCAGUAAACCUGAAAAUAUAAAAUCUCCCGAAAAGUUCAUUUCAGAACUUCGGUUAAUGAGUGCCUCAGAAGAUGGUGAUGUUUAUAUCUGGGAUGCGUCUACCGUGAUUCACAAUGUUGAAUCUAAAGUGCAUGACAAAACAGUGAUUUCACAAUUGGCGUCGUUAUGUGGAUAUCAUCGUCGAUGUGUAACUACUUCUGCAUGGCAUCCUAGACGUCGACUGGUUGCUACCGGUGAUUUAGACUGUAUGGUUUACUUAUGGGAUGUUUCAGAAAUUGAUGUUAAAUCCAGUGAUCUAUCGACAAGUGUCUGUUCUGUAAGGCUUCAUCCAGUUAAGUCAAUAAAUGUAUCCAGUUAUCCGAUUAUUUCAAUUGCAUUCCGAUUGCCAUCUGUUUUAAUCAAUGAACAAGAAGACCUAAUACAUGAUGAUUUGGCUAUUGGGUGUUGGGAUGGUACAAUACAUUUCUACAAUUUAUCUUCCUUAUCUAUUGUGAGGUCGCUAUCUGCAUCAACGUCACUCUGUUCACUCGCCUACUCACCAAAUGGAGGGAAUAUAUUAGCAACGUUUGAUAAAGAUGGUGUAUUAAUGCUGUGGAACGAUAACAUACUUUGGUAUCAAGGUGGUUUAAUACAAGAAUACUCUUGUUUUACAAUUGAAUAUUUCCCAUAUGAUCAAAUUGAUGAAUUAAUUCCAAACCAAUAUGGGAAGAUAUGCUUUUCGAAACCAAAUGGUCAGUACAUUUUCCAGUCAGGUGGUGGCCAAUUUUUGAAUAAUUACAUUAAUAUAUGGGAUACUGGACUAUGGGGAACCUUUGGUCCAUGGAUUAAUGUAAAACCACCUCAAAUAGGUUCAGGAAAUCCUAUAUGUGUAACUUGUUUGACAAUAUUGCCUACUUACGAACAUGUUUUAAUAGGUUGGAGUAAUGGCGAUCUGACUGUUAUUCGGGUGUUUGACGGUAGAUUAAUUCAUUAUUUGAAAGCAGCAACAGAAGAUAAUUCGUCUAUCCAGUGUAUUACAAGUAGUUGUGCAAGAUCUUUUUCAGCAUUUGAUGCAUAUCAUAUUAUUGUUGGUUAUGCAUCUGGCGCUGUACGAAUAUUUCUAUGCAUUUUAAGACCAAAUGUUAGUCCACACAAAGAUCGUUAUGUGUAUCAGUCGGCAAAUGCCAUGUCAGAGUUUCAUUUCCAACUCAUUGAUACUUUAUGGUCACAUUGUUUAAAUCAUAAUGUGAAUGGUGGAGUGCCGGAAAAUGGAGGGACAUUAUGUGUUGCAAGUGACUUCUGUGUAGCUGUUACUGGAGGUGGGAAUGCUGAGACAUGGGUUCAUUUUAUUGGUCGACGGACUGGUUGUAAAAUUAAGAAAUCUGUUUGCCUGAAAGAACACAAUUCUGCAGUAAUCGCUGUUAGUAUGGAUAACAAAUUUUUUGCGACAGCUUCUAAAAGCAGACUUGUAGAGGUCAGAAUUAGAUGAAUCUCUAUUGAAUAAAUGUCUGGAUAUUUGAUAUUCUGGAUUUUACUACUCGUCACUAUUUGAACAUCUAGUCAACUCAUAGUUAUAAACUAUAUCUAGUGUUGCACUCAAGGAACCCACUUGUUAACUGGAUGUUGCAUCUUGUUCCUGGGGUUUCGUACGGGCCUACAAUGUUUGCGGAUCUAGGAAGAAAAAUGAUUUUGCUUCUCUAAUACGAUCGGUUCCCUUUCGAAUCAACGACGGCCGUUUACGUACAAUACAUCAAACCCCGAUGGCCAACACGGGAGGAAGACAGAUUGCAAGGAACUUGGUAUUCGAGGUAGAACAAGCAACACAGAACGAAUUGGUGCAACUGUUGUUACUAAAGUAGAAAAU